AAAAACCAGUGGAAGUGGCCUUUGAGAGUUGAGUUUGGCGGCCUUUCCCUACUCUCUCCCUAUCAAGACAAAUUAAUCCCGACUCACCACCAAAACUGACACUCCAAACCAACCAAGCACCACCUUCCCCAAAAUGAUUCUCCCUAAGCCCUAAUUCAAAACCCACCAUCCCUUCUCUCGCAUUUCAGAAUGAUUAAUGGUAGCGAUGAUGAUGCAGCAGCCGCAGCAGGCGCCCCAGCCAAACCCUCCUCCUCCUUCUUCCGCCUCUUCACUUAGAUCCCCUACACCCACUCCCACCCAAUCCCCUCUCCCUCUCCCUCCACGUCAGCCCCUCGAUCAUGUCGUCGUCCCAAUCUCUGCCGCCAAUCCUUCCGGUGAGCCCCUCCUAACCAUGGGGACUACCCCACUCCCACUCGCCAGGGUUCGCCUAUUAGAUAUUUCUGCCUAUGAUGGUUCCCCUUCCGGUUCCUAAUGUAAGGCCGUGGAGGCCUUGUCGGGGUCUUUGAUGAGGAAUAAUGCGGCGGUUAUCGAAUUUGGGAACGAGGACGCGGCAUUGAUGCGGUGCGGCCUGGAAGCUGCGCGGCUGUACUUUAGGAGUAGGGUCAAUACUGUUGGAAAAGGAAGCCGUGGGGUUUAUAUGUAUAGAGCUGGAAGGGCUUUGGAAGAUUGGGACUCAUCUCCACCUUGCAUGGCUGAUAUUUUUAGGUGCAUGGGGAAGGCAGCCCGUGUUGCUUUAUGUGCAAUUGCGCGGCACCUUCGUUUGCGAAGCGAUGUGUUCAAUCAUUUACUUGAUGAUACUCCAUUGCCUGCUAAUGAGGUGUCUUCUUCAGUGCUUGUUGCAACCUACUCUCACAUGUCUUUGCAAAAUGGAAAGGGGGCUAUUGGAGGAGGGAAGCUAGGAAUGAGCGGUGAAGUUGAGAAGGGGUUAUUGACAUUGAUUUCUUCAGAUGGUCCUGGCCUACAGGUUUGUGACCCCAACGGUCGUUGGUACCUAGCAGAUGGUGGAUUGGCUCCUGGGGAUAUGUUGCUCAUUACUGGCAAGGCACUUAGCCAUGCCACUGCUGGUCUUCGUCCUGCUGCCUCAUAUAGAGCUGCUUCCGAGUACCUUUCAGGCAUUAAUAAUGGUGGCAGGACAUCACUUGCAUUUAGGCUCAUGCCUCAGGGCAAUGCUAUAUUAGAUUGCUCUCCAGUUGCAGCUGCUGGUCAUGUAAUUCCACAGAGUUAUGUACCAAUAUCUGUUAGCCAGUUUAUGGAUGAACUCUCUGCUGAAGAAGAUGUAGUGUGCAAUCGUUCUGAUAAUACUUGUGUAUCUCGAAACAAUUUUAACAAGGAGCCUUCAUUAAGAAGUGUUCUCUCAGAUCCAUUGUCUGGUGCAUUCCUGGAAGAUGCUAUGGUUGUUUCUUGUGGACAUUCAUUUGGUGGUCUCAUGCUAAGGAGGGUCCUUGAUAUGUCAAGAUGUACACUCUGCAGUGCAGACAUUGACUCUGGGUCUUUGAUCCCUAAUAUUGCUCUAAGAGCUGCUGCUGCAGCUGUGAAGCAAGAGGAUGAUCGAAGGUUAUUCCAUAAUGCAGCUCUCCGUAAACGAAGAAAGGAAAUGGGUGAACAAAUUGAUCCAUCGAGAAGAUCAAGCAGGGAGAAUGGAGAUGUUGCUGCUGAUGAUGGGUUGCAUAGGGGUGUGCAAUAUCCAUUUUCGGUAAAUGAGAAGGUGUUAAUUAAGGGAAACAGGAGGACACCAGAAAAAUUUGUUGGGAAGGAAGCCGUUAUUACAUCCCAAUGUCUCAAUGGCUGGUAUUUGCUUAAGAUUAUUGGAACUGGUGAGAAUGUUCGUCUGCAAUAUCGUUCUCUUUGUAAGAUCUUGAACCCACAGCCUAUUGAAGAUAGAUGUCCUUCACAACCGAUUCAGAACAGUAGCUCAUAGAUGUAAAUUUCAUUUACUCAAGCCAUAAAAUUUCAUAGUGCAUACCUAGCGGAAUAUUGAACAGUCCGGCUGCCAGAGAGAUGUAAUGUGUUUUUUUUUUUUUUCCUUGGGUAGAUUAUUGUAUUUGAAUGUUGUUUAUUUAUCCAGGAAAAGAAAGUGCUUGUAGCAUGAGGAUAGGGACUAUUACAUACACAUACAUAUCUUACCACUGGUGUUUAUAUGUUUAUCUUUUGUGGAGAAGUGGAGAAUACUUAAAAGUAAUUUGUUACGCAUGGUCAAGGGUCAUUUUGAGUGAUAAUGGACUUGGUAUAAAGUCCCCUGGGACAAAGACUUGUUGGCUUAAACUUUAUGAAAGGUUUAUCAAAACAAGAAUUAUGUUCUUGAUUUUGGGAAGAAA